ACUUUAAUUGUAACUUCGCGCGAAUUCGGUUACCUUCUGUAACCAAGGUUGUAUCGUGGCACGAUCUCGGUAUCCUUUCGAUGCCACGAGAUCGCCAGCAAAUAAAUAUCUCGACUUGGUCCAUUAAUUGCCUUCUGGUAUUUGGCUUCUCGGAGAUUUUAUGGGUUUCUUUGGUUACGUUCAACCUUCGCCUUCUGAUCUAUUUGGCACGUGUUUCUUGGUAGCGGUGUUCACAGUUAAUCUCAACUCGACGCCACGCUACAAUUGGUGAUCCCAAAGUUUGGGACACGCGACAAUUGGUGACCCGUAUUUUGGAACACGCCUCUGCUUCUGGUCAAAUCUUCCAAAGAAGCCGAUUCGGUGAGUCUAUGAUUUAUCUAUCCACGUCUGUCGUAUAUUUUCAUAUUUUUUAAUAUAUAAUAUACGCGACAUGACGGAUAACGGUAAAAAUAGUACUAAUAUAAUAGACUCCCAUUUAUGUGUACCGAAUCCCUGGCAAUUUUCAUUCGCGUGACGAUGAAUUCCACGCUUUAUUCGAGAAAUUUUCCCCUAUUAACUAUUCUCCUCGCUGACCCGGCUGCUUGGUACGGAAUGCAUUCGCAUAAGCAUAUCUGUCUACCACCCAGCACCAAAUGGUUAAGUAAACGGUUUCACUGCCAACUUAAAAGUGCUCUACGAGCACACGAAAACGGCAACUGGUACGAAACCUUACCGCUCGUUCUUUUAGGGAUCAGAACGAGCUUGAAGGCAGAUAUCCAAUGUUCCGCCGCUGAACUUGUAUACGGCACGACAUUGCGUCUGUCCGGAGAAUUCUUCACACCACGGAGCAGACCUAAUUUCGGUAAAUCAGACUACGUCCAUCGACUGUCUGCAUUUAUGCGAACGCUGUCUCCGGUGUCAACUCGAAUACAACAUCGACAGGUCGCUCUCCCUCGAGAGUUAUCUACCUGUUCACAUGUUUUUGUACGAGUAGAUUCGGUACGCAAACCUUUGCAGCAGCCUUACGAAGGCCCUUUUCACGUGAUCGCUCGUCACGAAAAGACCUUCAAGGUUGAUCGAUAUGGACGCGUCGAGAUCGUCAGCGUUGAUCGUCUCAAACCAGCACACGUCGAUGACAGUGCCCUAUCUGGUAACCUGAGAUUCAAUGCUAGACCUAUUAAACCUAGCGGGAUCCUUAAAUCUUCUUCAGGUCCCACGCUAGAUACAUCUGAGACCUCAUUCUCACGUCCCGGUCAACAGCACGCGUCAUCUGCACCGUCUACGGACGAGACGAUAGUCUCACGUCCAGAUCAGCAGAACACGCCGCCUCUGACCUCGGAUGAGAUUGCAGGCUCACGCGAUACGAACGAGACUGCCGUCUCACGUUCCGGUCGCCGAGUACGGUUGCCCGUACGCUUCCGCGAAUAGUCGCACAGUCAACAACCGAUACGGUGUAGGAAUAUUCCUAUGCUACUUGCAUGCUACACUCUUCUCUUUUUUGAUUUUCUUUUUGUUUCCUGAGCCCUCGCCCUCGACCAUCUCCGUUUGGUUCCGUCGACUUCAGUCAACUUUGGCGAAAGCUGGAUUGGCCACCCAUGCUCUCGUCAACGCACCCAGUCGAUAUAUUGGUUUCGAAUGCUUGGCAUACGCUUGGUCUCGAACUUGGUCGUUAUGGUCGCUUCUGGUCUUUUGGCUCAACGUGGUUUCGUCCUUCGUCUGCAGCGUUUCUGGUCCGCAUUCCCUACGAACGCCCUCUUCAGAUUCUGGAUACAAACCACUCUCGUGUAGCAUGCCAACUCAAGCAACAAAUACAGCACAUCGCUCCUGGUACCGUUCUCCGAAAAAGACCUUCGUUGGCAACUCGACGAUCAACGAUCGCUUUCCUGUUCGCCAAUUCUUCCGUCCUACAAUCUCUCGUCAGCCGAUCAGUCCCACGAUUUAAACCGCUAUUUAUCGAAAGUGUAAACCCUUUCUAGCGGGGGCUCCUGUAGUGACUCACAUUUAUCACGAGAACACGACUGGUUUAAUAGAAACAAUUAUUCUUAUAACCAACUGUACCAGUGCUUGUUUUAAUGUGCUUUUGUUUGACUGUGCUAAUGACAGCUAUUUUGUGCUUCCAUUCUUAUACUUACACUUUAAUUGUAACUUCGCGCGAAUUCGGUUACCUUCUGUAACCAAGGUUGUAUCGUGGCACGAUCUCGGUAUCCUUUCGAUGCCACGAGAUCGCCAGCAAAUAAAUAUCUCGACUUGGUCCAUUAAUUGCCUUCUGGUAUUUGGCUUCUCGGAGAUUUUAUGGGUUUCUUUGGUUACGUUCAACCUUCGCCUUCUGAUCUAUUUGGCACGUGUUUCUUGGUAGCGGUGUUCACAGUUAAUCUCAACUCGACGCCACGCUACAAUUGGUGAUCCCAAAGUUUGGGACACGCGACAAUUGGUGACCCGUAUUUUGGAACACGCCUCUGCUUCUGGUCAAAUCUUCCAAAGAAGCCGAUUCGGUGAGUCUACGAUUUAUCUAUCCACGUCUGUCGUAUAUUUUCAUAUUUUUUAAUAUAUAAUAUACGCGACAUGACGGAUAACGGUAAAAAUAGUACUAAUAUAAUAGACUCCCAUUUAUGUGUACCGAAUCCCUGGCAAUUUUCAUUCGCGUGACGAUGAAUUCCACGCUUUAUUCGAGAAAUUUUCCCCUAUUAACUAUUCUCCUCGCUGACCCGGCUGCUUGGUACGGAAUGCAUUCGCAUAAGCAUAUCUGUCUACCACCCAGCACCAAAUGGUUAAGUAAACGGUUUCACUGCCAACUUAAAAGUGCUCUACGAGCACACGAAAACGGCAACUGGUACGAAACCUUACCGCUCGUUCUUUUAGGGAUCAGAACGAGCUUGAAGGCAGAUAUCCAAUGUUCCGCCGCUGAACUUGUAUACGGCACGACAUUGCGUCUGUCCGGAGAAUUCUUCACACCACGGAGCAGACCUAAUUUCGGUAAAUCAGACUACGUCCAUCGACUGUCUGCAUUUAUGCGAACGCUGUCUCCGGUGUCAACUCGAAUACAACAUCGACAGGUCGCUCUCCCUCGAGAGUUAUCUACCUGUUCACAUGUUUUUGUACGAGUAGAUUCGGUACGCAAACCUUUGCAGCAGCCUUACGAAGGCCCUUUUCACGUGAUCGCUCGUCACGAAAAGACCUUCAAGGUUGAUCGAUAUGGACGCGUCGAGAUCGUCAGCGUUGAUCGUCUCAAACCAGCACACGUCGAUGACAGUGCCCUAUCUGGUAACCUGAGAUUCAAUGCUAGACCUAUUAAACCUAGCGGGAUCCUUAAAUCUUCUUCAGGUCCCACGCUAGAUACAUCUGAGACCUCAUUCUCACGUCCCGGUCAACAGCACGCGUCAUCUGCACCGUCUACGGACGAGACGAUAGUCUCACGUCCAGAUCAGCAGAACACGCCGCCUCUGACCUCGGAUGAGAUUGCAGGCUCACGCGAUACGAACGAGACUGCCGUCUCACGUUCCGGUCGCCGAGUACGGUUGCCCGUACGCUUCCGCGAAUAGUCGCACAGUCAACAACCGAUACGGUGUAGGAAUAUUCCUAUGCUACUUGCAUGCUACACUCUUCUCUUUUUUGAUUUUCUUUUUGUUUCCUGAGCCCUCGCCCUCGACCAUCUCCGUUUGGUUCCGUCGACUUCAGUCAACUUUGGCGAAAGCUGGAUUGGCCACCCAUGCUCUCGUCAACGCACCCAGUCGAUAUAUUGGUUUCGGAUGCUUGGCAUACGCUUGGUCUCGAACUUGGUCGUUAUGGUCGCUUCUGGUCUUUUGGCUCAACGUGGUUUCGUCCUUCGUCUGCAGCGUUUCUGGUCCGCAUUCCCUACGAACGCCCUCUUCAGAUUCUGGAUACAAACCACUCUCGUGUAGCAUGCCAACUCAAGCAACAAAUACAGCACAUCGCUCCUGGUACCGUUCUCCGAAAAAGACCUUCGUUGGCAACUCGACGAUCAACGAUCGCUUUCCUGUUCGCCAAUUCUUCCGUCCUACAAUCUCUCGUCAGCCGAUCAGUCCCACGAUUUAAACCGCUAUUUAUCGAAAGUGUAAACCCUUUCUAGCGGGGGGCUCCUGUAGUGACUCACAUUUAUCACGAGAACACGACUGGUUUAAUAGAAACAAUUAUUCUUAUAACCAACUGUACCAGUGCUUGUUUUAAUGUGCUUUUGUUUGACUGUGCUAAUGACAGCUAUUUUGUGCUUCCAUUCUUAUACUUACACUUUAAUUGUAACUUCGCGCGAAUUCGGUUACCUUCUGUAACCAAGGUUGUAUCGUGGCACGAUCUCGGUAUCCUUUCGAUGCCACGAGAUCGCCAGCAAAUAAAUAUCUCGACUUGGUCCA